AUGGGUUCAAAGCCUUGGCUACAACCCGCUCCCUCCUAUCACCCAUUGGAGACGUAUUGGGACACUGAAGACGACGCCCCUGGACCUAGAUGUGCCCACACUCUGACCGCCGUCGCCCAAACCAAAGCUCACGGCCCUCGGCUGAUCUUAUUCGGCGGCGCCACUGCCAUCGAAGGUGGCGCUUCCUCCCCCGUCCCCGGCAUCAGGUUAGCUGGCGUGACAAAUUCUGUUCAUUCUUACGAUGUUCUGACCAGGAAAUGGACCAGAAUUCGACCAGCUGGAGAACCACCUUCACCCAGGGCUGCUCAUGCAGCUGCUGUUGUUGGAACCAUGGUUGUAUUUCAGGGCGGCAUUGGUCCUGCUGGGCAUUCAACAGAUGAUCUUUAUGUGCUUGACAUGACUAAUGAUAAAUACAAAUGGCACAGACUUGUUGUUCAAGGACAGGGUCCUGGCCCGCGAUAUGGCCAUGUCAUGGACUUGGUUGCACAACGAUACCUAGUUACUGUUAGUGGCAAUGAUGGAAAGAGAGUAUUGUCAGAUGCUUGGGCUCUGGAUACUGCUCAAAAACCAUAUGCAUGGCAGAAGCUGAAUCCAGAAGGUGAUAAACCUUCUGCUAGAAUGUAUGCAACAGCUAGCGCACGCUCAGAUGGCAUGUUUUUGCUUUGUGGUGGAAGAGACACCUCUGGCACGCCGUUGGCAGAUGCUUAUGGACUCCUGAUGCAUAGGAAUGGCCAAUGGGAAUGGACUCUUGCACCUGGAGUCUCCCCAUCAUCAAGAUACCAACAUGCCUCUGUCUUUGUUGGGGCUCGGCUGCAUGUUACAGGAGGUGUUCUGAGGGGGGGUCGGGCUGUAGAUGGUGAAGCAGCCGUUGCAGUUUUGGACACGGCUGCUGGUGUUUGGUUAGAUAGACAUGGGUUGGUGACCGCCACACGGACUACGAAGCCCCAAACAGAAGAUCCUUCUUUGGAAGUCAUGCGCCGUUGUCGCCAUGCUGCUUCUGCUGUCGGUGUCCGUUUAUAUAUCUAUGGUGGCCUCAGGGGAGAGAUUUUGUUAGAUGAUUUCCUAAUCGCUGAGAAUUCGCCUUACCAAUCUGAUGUGAAUACUCCUGUACUAACAUCAGAGAGAAGCUCCAGUCCCAGGACAAAUCCUUUGACCCCAUUUGAUCCUUUAACUCCUGAUAAUGGAUCUCAAAGUCCCUCAUCUGGAGGCUUAAGCAUGGACAAAGAAUCAAUGAACAGGCUGGUGGAAGCUUCGGCUGCUGAAGCGGAAGCUGCUAAUGCGGUGUGGCAAGCCGCACAGGCACAUGCUGCAUCUCCUGAAGAGACAUCUGUUGCAGCAGCAGAUGAUAACAGCGCACAAGCUGCAGAUAAUCAUUCGGAGGGUAGUGAUGGGGAGGGAGAUGUUCGACUUCAUCCAAGAGCUGUUGUUGUGGCGAAAGAGGCUGUGGGUAACCUAGGUGGACUGGUGAGGCAGUUGUCCUUGGAUCAGUUUGAAAACGAAAGCAGACGAAUGAUUCCUUUGCAAAAUGACAUGUCAUAUUCUGCCAAAAAGUUUACAAGGCAAAAGUCACCACAAGGGCUCCAUAAGAAGAUCAUAUCUACUUUGCUUAGGCCUAGAAACUGGAAACCUCCUGCCAACAGGAGGUUUUUCCUGGAUUCUUAUGAGGUGGGAGAGCUUUGCUACACGGCUGAGCAGAUAUUUUUGCAUGAGCCUACAGUACUUCAGCUGAAAGCUCCCAUCAAAGUGUUUGGUGAUUUACAUGGUCAGUUUGGUGAUCUGAUGCGGUUGUUUGAUGAAUACGGAUAUCCUUCAACAGCUGGAGAUAUAACGUAUAUCGACUAUUUAUUCCUUGGGGAUUAUGUUGACCGAGGACAACAUAGUUUGGAAACCAUCACUCUGCUCCUUGCUCUAAAGAUUCAGUAUCCGGAGAAUGUUCACUUGAUACGAGGGAAUCAUGAGGCUGCUGAUAUCAACGCACUCUUUGGUUUCCGUCUUGAAUGCAUUGAAAGAAUGGGAGAGAAUGAUGGGAUAUGGGCAUGGACACGGUUCAAUCAGCUAUUCAACCAUCUUCCACUUGCAGCGCUUAUUGAGAAAAAGAUAAUCUGUAUGCAUGGUGGCAUAGGGAGAUCCAUACAUUUAGUUGAACAGAUUGAGAAAAUAGAAAGGCCCAUAACCAUGGAUGCCGGAUCCCUUGUCCUCAUGGAUCUGCUCUGGUCUGAUCCUACAGAAAAUGAUAGCGUGGAAGGUCUGAGGCCAAACGCUAGGGGCCCUGGUCUCGUCACUUUUGGGCCUGACAGGGUUUCGGACUUUUGUAAGAGGAACAAACUUCAGCUGAUUAUAAGAGCGCAUGAAUGUGUAAUGGACGGGUUUGAAAGAUUUGCUCAGGGACAACUCAUUACCCUUUUCUCUGCAACCAAUUACUGCGGUACGGCUAACAAUGCUGGUGCUAUACUAGUAAUCGGGAGGGGGCUGAUGAUUGUUCCAAAACUCAUUCAUCCAUUGCCACCUCCACUUCAAUCACCAGAAACUUCUCCAGAACGUCCCCCCCAAGAUGACACCUGGAUGCAGGAGUUGAAUAUACAAAGACCACCUACCCCAACCAGGGGACGCCCACAACCUGACCACGAUAGGAGUUCCCUUGCAUAUAUUUGACAAGCAUAUCCAUUUUUGAACUAUUUUCUUUCUUCUUCUUCUUGUAUGUGGAAGGCAACUGCAUGCAUGGCCACUGGCAAGGGUUUGUCUUGUAUUUUAUUUAAAUUAUAUUAUAGUUAUCAAGACUGUUUGUAACAUAUCAUACCAUGCACAUAGUUUUAUUCCCAUAAAUAUAUAUAUAUUGUAAAUUUGGGCAUAUUUUGUUACAUCACAAGACAAAUGAUGGUGUGUACUGGUACUGUAGAAAUAAAAAAAAACUAAAUGUAGCUUACUUUUAUCUUGAUCCAAUAUUUGUUAUGUAAUACGCUUGCACUUGGUUAUGAUGAGCUCACCAGACUAGUUACAAUUUCACCCAAAUGUGAUCUGUGUACAGGUAGCUUUGUUAAUGUUUGGAAUAAAGGAAUAACUGUCGUAUAUUGCAACUGCCC